AGACCCGUCGUUUCGCCUGCCAGUGGAUCAUCAUUGCGCCGCCUCACGCGGCGCAACCUGAAAAAGCCACGUCGCCUGAUUCAGCUUCCCCCCUCCUAUAUAAAGGCCUCCAACCCUCUUCACUUCUCACUUUUCGCACUUCACAUUCCAGAGCUUUCACCGGUCAAGUUCCUCUCUCUCGCUAUCCAGCCCUCCGAGUCAAGUAAGUUUCCCCUUCCUUCUCUAAUUAGUUUCCCGGUCAUGUCUUCUUUAGAUAGCCAUAGGAUUUCUUCCUCAGAGGACUGCUCCUCUGAGGACUCCAACUCCUCCUCCUCGACCGGGUAUUCUUCUCCUGGCUCCAUGCCCGGUCAGACUCCUAACCCUUCUGUCCCCGACCCGCAACCUGUUAAUCAAAUGCCCGGUGAGGUUUUUAUGGGGAGGGAUGAGCCGGUUGAUGACGAACCGGGUCCCUAUGACCCUGAAAACGAAACCCGGGACGCGUGGGAGGAGCGGCUUCAUGCCGCCGGUUACUUUCCGCUCCCCACCUUCUACGUCCUUGACAUUCCUUCCCAUGUAUCCAAAAUCGCUUUGAAUAAAAUUCGUAGGAGGCUCCCGGAUGGGUAUACCCUUUUGUAUGAACAUGAGUGGCCCAACAUUGUUGAACCCCACCGGGAGGAUAGGAUAGGGUUCCACACCAUAUCAUUGGACGCGGGCAUCGUUUUUCCCCUUCGCCCCUUCCUUACUGAAUCCUACUGGGUGGGACUGGUUGCGAAGGUUUUGUAUUCUUCAAAGCCCGUAUCGGUAGGAAGUUCAUUUCCGAAGUCCCCCCAGAGUAACCGGGGAUGGAAGGAAAAAUUUGUUUUCAUCGAGUUUCCCCCCUUCGUCACUCUUUUGGCCGGUCUGAAAUGGAAUGACGACCUUCUCGAUCAAGAGCAUGCUGCACCGGCUUCCUCCCUUGACUUGGAAGCGAAUCUUGAGAUCCUCAUGCGUGGCGAUCCAUACACCAGGAGGAUCUUCCAUUAUGGGAGCUGGGUUUGGCGGGUUGAAUCGGGUGGUGAGGGUACCUCCCAAGCCCAUGAAGCAGUGGGGCGCGGGGUACCCUCCCCGGGCAACACUGUAGAGGCUGAGGGCCAAAACCACCCAGAUAUGGAGUUCGAGGAGUUCGCCAUCCCUGAUGACCAACCAGCGGGAGAGGCCCGGGGUUCCCAAGCCGGGACUGCCAAAACUUUCACGGUCCAACAAGAGACCGUGGAAGUCCAUGAUCUGGAUGAGCCAGAAGAUGACCGGUCGAAAGGGAAGGGCAAGGAGAAGAUCGACUGGCGGAUAAAGAAGGUGGCCACCACACACCCUUCUUUCGCUAAGAAGAGGCAAAGGGCUGACUCUGACACGGGCUCACAAACCAUCGAGGAGGCCUUCGUCAACCUUGGGCUGAGGCUGAGGGAGGUUAAAGAAAUUGGACCCAUUACAGCUGACCGGCUGGGGUUAGGCUCUCCUUCGGAACUUGCCCGGCUGAAGAAGGAGAAAGAGGAGAUGGCUCUCAUCUUGAAGAGCCAAACUGACGAGCUGACCAGGCUUUCUGGGCUGGCCGGGUCUAUGAAGGCCGAAAUCUCCUAGCUGAAGGAGGAGAACGGCCGGCUGAUCGACGAGGUCUCCGAGGUGAAGCAAGAGAUGGCGAAGAAGGACGAGGAUUUCCCCAGGCUUGCAGCUGCUUGGGUGGAAUAGAAUAAAGCUGAAGCUGCCCG